AUGGCUACAAGAACAAUUUAUCUCAUAUCAGCUCGCAAUACACCCUUCCAAAGAGCCCACUUCUCAAUAUUUGUCCCGUCAGCUACCAAUCCCGACCGGGGAACCAAAAUCCACGCGGUUGGGGCACCAAUGGCAGGCUAUGCCCUGGAAUUCAAGCGAAACUACAAUCCCAGUCUCGACCCUCACGACCAGACCUUUCCAAUCGGCCAGGUCGCCUCGUCCGACAUCGUUGAUUCUCCAGAUGCAGCUCCAUCUAUCGACUCCACCCCCCGAGGGAAGAUCGAACUAGCGGCGACACAAAUCCCCACUCCGGGGAUCAACCAGAACUUCAUGGCCCCUGUCAAUGAUACCACCAACAAGCGGUGUCAAGAAUGGACUAUGGAAUAUGUCCGCCAUUUGGUUGCUAAGGGCCUGAUCGAUGAAGAAGCGAUUGAAAUCGUUCAGUCUAAACGUGAUCCACCUACUCAUGGAAUUGGGCUGCGAUCUGUGGCUAGACAUAUCACGUAG